AUGCCUGUAUUUUUCACUCGUGUAGACAUGAUUGAGAAUUCACCAUCGGAAUUAUCCAGCCUUGACAGGUGUCUUGCAGUCAUUGUUGAUUCACUGACACAGAAAAACCCCAUAAUGGUGAAAGCAGUGAGGGACCUUGUAUCAGAGCUCUGUCGCAUCACCCUGCUCUGGGACGAGAUGUGGCUGGCAGCACUGAUGCAGAGACAGGGCGAGGUACACAGGAGACUCCUCCAGAUUGAAGCUGAGACCAAAAGGACGUUUGCUAUACAUAAUCACGUGCUUAGUAUGGAGCGGAAGGAAGCUGUCAUGAGACAGAAGUAUAUUGCCACAAUGAAACCACUGCUUUGGGUGUUAGAAUAUUUAGCUGCAGUUACAGCCCAGCCCCCAGAGACACAGAACGAGCGUCAGUUUCAAGCCGAAUACGGCGAACUCAUUACAAUGGCGAUACAGAAACUCCAGAACCCAAGCAACUACAAGAGCUCCAUUAAUGUCUGGGACCCUUUCAAACAACUUCAGCAGAUGUUAAUGCACAGAGCACAGAAGAGGAUGCAGACCCCAUUGAGUCUCAAUGAGAUCAGUCCUCACUUGGCAGCUAUACAGUCAUCAUGCAUUUCAAUGCCUGGACACAGUCAAAUGGAUGAACCUGUUCUAUUGGAGUCAUUCUGUCUGGACGUGUCUGUCCUUCCAACAAAGACGAAACCAAAGAAGAUAUCGAUGAUAGGGUCCGACGGGCGGAGACACACUUAUCUCUUCAAAGGAUUGGAGGACCUUCAUCUUGAUGAGAGGAUAAUGCAGUUUAUGGCUAUCGUUAAUAACAUGUUUGCUAAAGCUCACAAACAUCAAACCCAGUUGUAUUUGGCUCGUGAUUAUGCCGUAAUACCGUUAGGUGCACGCUCUGGUCUUAUCCAGUGGGUCGAUAAUGUUACCCCGUUGUUUGGUAUUUAUAAGAGAUGGCAGCAACGAGAAGCACUAGCUAAAGCAAUGCAGCAAGCUGGUUCACAGCCUACAGCUCCGUUACAAGUUCAAGUCAGGAAGCCCAACGAACUGUUCUAUGCUAAGAUCAUUCCUCUCCUCAACGAGAAAGGACUCAACGAACACACCCCACGCAAAGAGUGGCCCCUCGGCAUACAAAUGAGAGUACUCAAAGAACUAAUGAACGAAACUCCUAGGGAACUACUAACAAAGGAGUUGUGGUGUGCUAGUUCAUGUGCAUCAGAGUGGUGGGCAGUCACUCAGACCUACUGUCGCUCAACUGCUGUGAUGUGUAUGAUUGGGUACAUCAUUGGGCUGGGUGACCGCCAUCUUGACAAUCUACUGGUAGAAUUCACCACUGGACAAGUUGUCCAUGUUGAUUAUAACGUUUGUUUUGAGAAAGGAAAGAGCCUUCGUGUCCCUGAGAGAGUUCCAUUCAGAAUGACACAAAACAUUGAGAAUGCUCUAGGAUUCACUGGAGUUGAGGGUUUAUUCCGUAUUUCCUGUGAAGACAUUUUGCGUAUUCUUCGUCGAGGAAGAGAAACACUAUUGACAUUGUUAGAGGCAUUUGUAUACGACCCGUUGAUUGAUUGGACACAGAGCGAAGAGGCCGCCUUUCCUCUUGCAAUGAGGACCACAACUGAGCUCGGAGUGAGACAGACAAGGAAAGAAAUGGAAUGGGAAGUAGCCGAAGGAAUGCUCAUUACUAAACUAGCUGAAUCCGAACCACACUGGCAGAAAAACAGAGAGAACUUGUGCUCUGUGCUGCUUGCAUUAGAGAAGCAUCUUAACGACAUAGCAUUGACUAGCGAGCAGAUGGUGGGCUAUCAGGAGAAGAUUGGCAAACUCGACAAAGAGAUCAGCAUAUUGACAGAAGCUGUGUCCACACCCAACCAUCCACUCAUAUCAAUGCAAGACAGGUUAUCGGAACAGAGUCGAAUCUCUGCCGAACAAAAGAGAUUACUAUCACUAAUCAAAGAGAAAUAUGAUGACAGUUUAGAAUGGAACCAGAAGUACAAA